AUGACCAGAGAGGCCGAAGCCUGCCUUCUGGGAAUCUUCCACACCCUCGUUGCUAGAGCCGACCUCUACGGAGCCCUUCGUGGUCAUUCUGCGUUCUAUGCGACCGUUGCGACUGAGCUCAAGACCAGAGGCGAACUCAGUGGAGACGCACUCAAGGAUAUCGACGAAGUUUACGUGCGCGCCCGUCGCGGCGACCCGGGCGAAUGGCUCAAGACCGAUCUCAACAUGGCUGUAGAUGCUUGGAUUUCAGUCAAGGACAUGAUUGCGACUCUUCCGCCCCUUCAGGCCUUGUCCCUCACGGCCCGCCCCAACGAAAUGGGUGCCCUCACGGCUCAAUUCCAGAGCGCCAGCGUCGCCGGACCCGCAGAGAAUAAGACCUGGCCUCCUGCUCACUUCGACCCGCACGAACUUGCCCUCAUCGCCACACCGGAGCUUCGAGGCGUCCUCUUCGGCAAGACGCCCCAGACCCCUGGCGCCCUGCCUGCGACUCCCAGCAAGGCUACUCUCUCCCUCGAUACUCGUGCCUAUCUCUGCUCUCUCGCUCUUUCCAACUACCAGCCCGACAGCACCUGGAACUUGGUUCUUACCCCCAUCGCCAACUUCAAGAAUCAGAUGGAGCGUCGCCAGUGGUCAAUCCCCUCAGGCGGACAAUCUCUUUACUGCUUCAGCAUUGAAACUGCCUUGGUUCAAGCCGUCAAAGCCUUCCAGAAUGGAAAGGCCAUCUCUAUCGGUCUUGCCACUCCUUGGUUUGGUCGCACUUGGGGCGCGAUUCCUUCUGUCGACGAGUCCUCGCUCUGCCCUCGUCUCGGCUUCGCCAUUGUACUUCACAAGUAUGCCGACGGCCUUGAGCUAAUCAUUUUCGACCCUAUCGCCCGCUACAACCACAUCAAGAACAACCCUCAGAUCAAGGCAAGCCUCUCCAGCCUCUUUGCCUUUCGCCAGUCUAUUGGUGACAAUACCGAAGCGGCGAUUCAGGGAGCUGGAGGACGCUUGAUCCGUGGAUGGUACGGCGGCAAGCUGGAGAUGCCUGCCAACGGAGCUGAUAGUGUUCAGCUGGCGAGUGAGUGGAUUCGUCUGCUCGUUCUCGCCGGCGGCUGUCACGGUCAAGAUCCUUUGGCUGUUAAUGAUGAGCAGUGGGCUCAGUGGGGCUUCGAGGAGGUGCAGAUUUGA